CAGUCACUCUGGUCAGGGCAGGCAGAGGAUCUGUGUGACACAGAACCAGGGACACAGUGCCAGGCUUACUGACAGUACAGAAACAGGGCCAGGGCAGGUGGCACGUUGUGGUCUGUAUUAGUGGUUGGCAAUAUGCACUUAACACCUGGCGGCGCUCCUGACUGGUGCCCAGACCCCAGAGUCCUGAAAGUGACAGUUGGAGGCCACUGUGCCCGCAGGCAGCCCAAAGCCAAAGUCACCAGAGGAUCUAGGAGGUCGCUGGUGUUCCUGGAUUUGCUGUGCCUGUGUGUGGUCUCCAUUCCAUUCCUGAUCUGCGAGCUGGGAAUAGUUCCUCCUGUCCGUCGUGGCUUUUUCUGCGAUGAUGUCAGUAUCCGUUUCCCGGCAACAAAAGAGGAGACCGUGAGCGACACCCUGCUGAUCAGCCUUGGUAUUCUCAUCACUGGAGUACCUAUUGUACUGGGGGAAUGUCAAGAGGUCAGCAGACAGCGCAGGUCCAAUUCCUGUCCCAGAGCGAGCUAUCUCUCCAGCAUUUACCGCCAGCUCCUUCCCUUCUUGUUCGGCUCCGCACUUGGACAGUCGAUCACCAACGCUGCUAAGUUGAGCGCAGGUCGUCUAAGGCCAAACUUCCUAUCGGUGUGCCAGCCAGAGGCUCUCAACUGUACGACGGGCUUUGUAGAGGUCUACACAUGUACGGGGAAUGCACGCGCUGUAACGGAGGCCAGGAAAUCGUUCUAUUCCGGACAUGCCUCGUUUGCCAUGUAUACCAUGCUCUACCUCUCGUUUUAUCUGCAGGUGCGGCUGACAUGGAGAGGAGCACGGCUCUUACGUCCUCUCGUUCAAUUUGUCUUGAUCCUGGUGGCCUUAUAUACAGGAUUCACUCGGAUAUCUGAUCACAGGCACCAUCCAUCUGACGUAGCCAUUGGCUUCCUGCAGGGGGCACUAGUCGCUUACUGGGUGGCUUUUUACAUUUCUGACAUGUUUCGGCAGAAGAGCUUACAACCAGUUUCCGUUUCUCCCUGUGCCGACAACCCAGAGACGUUCACCAACUGUUAAAUGGCAAAAGAAACGUCAAGGGGGGAAAAAAAAGGAGAGAGGUGGAAGUGACAUCCCUGAAGGAACUUAGAGCAAGAGACCGUUCUGCAGAACUGUUAAGCAAGAGUCUGUGACAUUGCAGAUUUGUGGACUGUGUCAGUAAAAGACGCCUUGCAGUAUGUGUCAGCAAGUAGGGGACGUGGGAAUUUAAAUUUCCUAUUGCAGCGAAGUGGAAGAACGCACAGUAUGUUGUAAUAACGCCUCCUGUGGGGACAAGCCCAAGUGCCUGUGUGGCCAGAGACAUUUAAAGGAGUCGAAAGAAGUUGAAGAGUAGUUCUAAGUGAAUAAACUGGAAUAAUAUCAUAUACUGUAUAACUGGAUGCAAAAAGCACAUCUGUCCAGGGACACUGUGCUAUGGACUUUACAGCCGCUGGUCGGUUGAAAUAAAAAUGAAAAAUCACGUACAUGUGAAACACACUUAUAUAUAAAUAAAGUUUUUUUUUUUUAAA